AUGCUGCGAAGCAUCACUUCGCGAUCCAUGCCCCGUGCGGCUUGGAGGGCUUCCGCUCUCCCUUCCGCCUCGGCUCGUAUCCCGACACCUAGCUCCUUGAGCGCCUCGUCCAGAUACUACCAGUCCUCCUCCAAAUCCGAACAGGCUAGUCCCGCUCCGGCGAAACCCAACGCCCCCUCUGGUUCGGACAACUUCAUUAACACCACCAACGCUUACUAUGCCGAGGAGAUGCACAAGCUCUGGAAGCAGGACCCUUCCUCCGUCCACGCCUCCUGGGAUGUCUACUUUAGCGGCCUCGCAAAGGGUCUCCCCAGCGAGCAGGCCUUCCGUGCUCCCCCGACCCUCAUGCCCCUCCCUAUGGAGGCGCCUCCCGUUGACAUGUCCAGCUUCAGCGGCUCCACCGAUGCCGUCGACGACCACCUCAAGCUCCAGCUCCUCGUCCGUGCCUACCAGGUGCGCGGCCACCGCAUCGCCCGCCUGGAUCCCCUUGGUAUCCUCGACCCUGAUCUCGACCCCAACGUACCCGAGGAGCUCAAGAUCGAGCACUACGGCUGGUCUGAGAGCGACCUCGACCGCAAGAUGCGCCUCGGUCCCGGUCUCCUCCCCAAUUUUGUCAGUAACGGCAUCCAGGAGCUCACCAUCCGCGAGAUCAUCGACGCCUGCAAGCGUAUGUACUGCGGCUCCAUCGGCAUCCAGUACGUCCACAUUCCCGACCGCGAAAAGUGCGACUGGCUCCGUCAGCGCAUCGAGACCCCGGAACCUUUCAAGUACACCGUCGAGGAGAAGCGCACCAUCCUCGACCGCUUGAUCUGGUCCGACGCAUUUGAGCGCUUCAUUGCCUCCAAAUACCCCAACGAGAAGCGUUUCGGUCUCGAGGGUGGCGAGUCGCUCAUCCCGGGUCUCAAGACCCUCAUCGACCGAUCCGUCGAGCACGGCGUCGACAGCGUCACCAUCGGCAUGCCCCACCGUGGUCGUCUCAACGUGCUCGCCAACGUCAUCCGCAGGCCCAUCGAGGGUAUCCUCCACCAGUUUGCCGCCAAGGAGGACGAUGGCGAGGGCGGAGGUGACGUCAAGUACCACCUUGGUGCCAACUACGUCCGACCCACGCCCUCCGGCAAGAAAGUGGCCCUCUCGCUCGUUGCCAACCCUUCGCAUCUCGAGGCCGAAGACCCCGUCGUUCUCGGCAAGACUCGUGCCCUCCAGGACUUUGCUAAUGACAAGGAGCACACCACCUCGAUGGCGCUCCUCAUGCACGGUGAUGCCGCCUUUGCCGGUCAGGGUGUCGUCUACGAGACCAUGGGCAUGUACAACCUGCCCAACUACGCCACGGGCGGUACCGUCCACAUUGUCGUCAACAACCAGAUUGGUUUCACCACCGACCCUCGCUUUGCCCGAUCCACCCCUUACCCUUCGGACAUUGCCAAGUCGAUCGACGCGCCCAUCUUCCACGUCAACGGCGACGACGUCGAGGCCGUCACUUUUGUCUCGCAGCUCGCCGCCGACUGGCGCGCCACGUUCAAGAAGGACGUCGUCAUCGACCUCGUCUGCUACCGAAGGCACGGACACAACGAGACUGACCAGCCCUCGUUCACCCAGCCCCGCAUGUACGCCGCCAUCGCCAAGCAGGACCCCACCCUCUCCAAGUACGCCGCGCGUCUGGUCGAGGAAGGCAGCUUCACCAAGUCCGACAUUGAAGAGCACCAGAAGUGGGUGUGGGGCAUGCUCGAGGAAGCCUUUGACAAGAGCAAGAACUACCGACCCGAGGAGCGCGAGUGGCUCUCGAGCGCCUGGGAAGGCUUCCCCUCGCCCAAGGAGCUUGCCGAGCAGAUCCUCGACCACAAGGACACCGGUGUCAAAGAGGAGACGCUCAAGCACAUUGGCAAAACCGUUUCGAGCUACCCCGAGGACUUUACUGUUCACCGCAACCUGGGCCGUAUCCUUAAGACGCGUUUGAAGACCGUCGAGGAGGGCAAGAACAUCGACAUGAGCACCGGUGAGGCGCUCGCCUUCGGUUCGCUCGCUCUCGAGGGCAAUUACGUUCGCCUGUCCGGUCAGGAUGUCGAGCGUGGUACCUUCUCGCAGCGUCACUCGGUGCUGCACGACCAGGAGAACGAGGGCACCUACACCCCGCUCCAGCACGUCGGUGAGGGCCAGGCUCCCUUCGUCGUAUGCAACUCGUCGCUGUCCGAGUUCGGGUGCAUGGGCUUCGAGCUCGGCUUCUCGCUCGUGUCGCCCCAGAACUUGACCAUCUGGGAGGCGCAGUUCGGUGACUUUGCCAACAACGCCCAGUGCAUCAUCGACCAAUUCAUCGCGUCAGGUGAGCGCAAGUGGCUGCAGCGAACCGGUCUGGUGCUCAACUUGCCCCACGGUUACGACGGUCAGGGUCCCGAGCACUCGUCGGCGCGUAUCGAGCGCUUCCUGCAGCUCUGCGAUGACCACCCCUUCAAGUUCCCCACGCCCGAGAAGAGCAACCGUCAGCACCAGGACUCGAACAUGGCCGUCGUCUACUGCACCACCCCGGCCAACUACUUCCACGUGCUGCGUCGCCAGGUGCACCGUGACUUCCGCAAGCCGCUGAUCAACUUCUUCUCCAAGUCGCUGCUGCGUCAUCCGGAGGCACGAUCCAACCUCGAGGACUUCCUUCCCGGUACUGGAUUCCAGCGAUUCAUCCCCGAGCCCCACGCUACCGAGGGCAAGGACGAGCUGGUGGCGCCCGAUCAGAUCAAGCGCCACAUUUUGACAUUCGGUCAAACUUACUUCGAACUGCUCAAGCACAGGAGGGAGAACAACAUCAAGGAUGUGGCCAUCUCGCGUAUCGAGCAGCUCUCGCCCUUGCACUACGAGGCCAUCGUGCAGGCGCUCGACAAGUACCCGAACGCCGACCUGGUCUUCUGCCAGGAGGAGCCGCUCAACAACGGUGCGUGGUCGUACCUGCAGCCUAGGUUGAGGACUGCUUGCCGACACACGGAGCACCACAAGAAGGACAUUGUCAGCCUGGCCUCGCGUCCACCAAGCAGUUCGGUCGCCACUGGAUCCAAGGUCGCGCAUAAGGCCGAAGUCGAGGCUUACCUGCGCGAUGCCUUUGACUUGGACAGGAAGGCUUCUGACGAGCACCUGUAA